AUGGCAGCUCGCAGCGCCGCUCUCAAGGUCGACUGGACCAAGGUGACCAGCUCCCUCGGUCUGCGCGGCCAGACCGCCGCCUCCCUGCAGGCUUUCAAGAAGCGCAAUGAUGAUGCCCGCCGCAAGGUCCAGGUUCUGUCCGAGCAGCCCCAGGCCAUCGACUUCGCCCACUACCGCAAGACCCUCAAGAACCAGGCUAUUGUCGACGAGAUCGAGAACCACUUCAAGACCUUCAAGCCCGCUUCCUACGAUGUCAGCCGCCAACUGAAGGCCAUCGAUGCUUUCGAGGCCCAGGCCGUCCAGAACGCCGAGCAGACCAAGGGCAAGGUUGAGGCCGAGCUUGUUAACCUCCAGAAGACCCUCGAGAACAUCGAGACUGCCCGUCCCUUCGAGGACCUCACUGUCGACGAGGUUGCCUCCGCUCAGCCCGAGAUCGACGAGAAGACCGCUUCCCUCGUCUCCAAGGGCAAGUGGAUGCCCCCGGGUUACAAGGAGCGCUUCGGCGAUCUGUCCGCUGUCUAA